AUGCACUUGAUUUAAAGUAGCUAAGUCUUUAACUCAAUAUCAUCCAAAGUCUUUGACAUUGAAAACACGAAUUAUUUGUCAGUUUAAAACAACGUUAAUGUUGUGAUCUUACCGAGAAAAGAUGGGCUUCUGAUAUCCAAUAUUUAAGACAAAAUAAACAUUUUACCAUUGGUACACGAAUCACGUACCUUAAUGCGUUUCAGCGCCAUAUGUAACAAGGGACUUGAAGAACAAGGCUAGACAAACGGUGACAUCAUAUUCUUAAUCUGGAGAGCACGCGCAAUAAAUGCUAUUGGUGUAGACUGGAAUAACAAGAUGCUAGAGAUUGUCACUCGAUUGAGACUUCUGACAUAUUUCGCCGAACAUAACUGAUUAGAAAUUAAAGUAAAAACAGAAUCAAUAUGCCCCAAACAACAGGAGCGGAUGCACCAACUGAUGCUAAUGGAUUAACCAAUAAUCCACCAACUUCUAGUGAUAGUCAACCUAUUGGUAUUUAUGGUUGGAGAAAAAGAUGUCUUUAUUCGUUUAUAUUAUUUCUUAUGGUGGUAGUUAUCAUGAAUCUAGCUUUAACAAUAUGGAUUCUUAGAGUUUUUGAUUUCUCAGUGGAUGGUAUUGGAAGAUUACGUAUGACACCAAAAGGUGUGAGAUUAGAUGGUGAAGCUGAAUUCCUUAAAUCUGUUUACACACAAGAAAUCAGAUCCAAAACGGGAGAUCCUUUAUAUGUAGAAUCGAGUCAAGAAGUUAAAAUACAAUCUAGAAAUAAAGCUAACCAUGUUACAAGUAGUCUUAAUUUAGAUAAUGAAAAAUUUCAAGCAAAAUGUGAAAUAUUUGAAGUUAAAGAUAGAAAAGGAAAAAUAAAGUUUUUAGUUAGUAAGGAUAAAGUUAUUAUUGGUACAGAUGAAGUCAAAUAUAACGGAGAAGUUAUAUUUGAUGGGUCUAUAGAAACACCAUCUUUAAGGGGACCAAUAUCUGAAGAACUAAAAAUCGAGUCACCAUCAAGUUCCGUGGAAAUUUCCGGAUCAGCUGGAGUUUCUGUACAGGCGCCAGCAGGGGAUGUGGAGCUGAAGAGUCAGGACAAUAUACGUUUACAGACGUCUUCUGGUGCUAUACAUUUGGACUCAAAAGAUAUAUUCUUAAAAAAUAUAAAAGAAAGCGAUACCAGUGGUAUACAAGGUGUUAGCUCCUCAGACAUUUAUCAACUUUGUAUGUGUCAAAAUGGACGAGUUUUUCUUGCUGAAGCAGACGGUAUAUGUUCUGCAACAUCAGACGUUUGCAAUUCCUGAUAAGCUGCAGAGAAUUUAUUCAUCAUCAUAUGGAUACCGGUACAUGCAGUUUAUUUAAAUCAUCAGAGAUUGGAGUUUGUGUAAUUUUAAGAGGGUGUGAUUUUGAUUAGAAAUUUCUUUCAGUGAAAUAUAUUUUUGUUGAAGUGAGUAGGAACGAUCAACAAGACGAAGCUCAAUUCUAAUAAUUAUCAGUAAAAAGUAGUUCGUGUAGAAAAUAUGUUGUGAUGUGUCAACUAUUUAAACAAUGUGUACUUGAUGUUCAAAUAUUAUAAUUCAAUAUGGUGGACAGUUGAAGACGUUCUUUAAGUGACUUAUUGUGAAAUAUCAUGCAUUCUACUCUAUUAUUAUAUGUAUAACCAACAUUAUCACACUCCAAGACAUUAAUAUAUCAUAAUAAUCUUAAUACCUAGGGCAGACGAGGAUAUUCUUUCGCCCAAUCAUGCCAAUUUUUUUAUAAGCGUUGAAAACAUCGCCUGUGUGCCUGGUCACGGCGACGACGAUUCUGCUCGCCGAACCAUUCACCUAUAUCUAGCAUGUAAGAUAUUUUCGGCCGAAUAUUUACGCAAGCGAUCGAUUCGCCUGCAUAUUCGCUUGUCUGCCUGUGUCCAGCUUAUAUUGUUGAAUGAACCAUUUUCUUAAGCAAUCGGAGACAUCAUUGAUAUCACAUGAUCUCAAAAUGGCUUCCUCCACUGCCGAAGCGUGGAUUCUGACGAAAGAAGAAUUGGUGAUUCUUUGGUCAGAGGCCUUGCCUGUUUGACGUCAUGAUUCCAGAGUUUUAGAAGCAAAUAAAUAGCUACCUGAGCCAGCUUACGUUUUAAGCGAUUCGUCAUUUUGUACAAGUCACGUGAUGGACGUAAUUUACUUGCAGAGUGGCAUACGCUCUCGUGACGAUCGCUAUAUAUGUGCCUGCUAGUGAUCAACUGUAAACAAUCACUGCGAUCAGGAACUAGCAACUGGGUGAGCACACUAGGCGGUUUUUUGACGUUUCAUUUUCUACAACAGAAAUCGCUGAUGUUGUUGUGUAGUGUGCACUAGGCUUUAGUUCAAAAACAAAAUAGGCGUUUAUUUAAUGUGAUGGGAAAAGUUUGUUUGUCAGUUGGUUUACUGAUUUCAUUAAACAUGUCAACUGUUAGCUAUAUCUGUGGAUAUAAAAUUUUAAAUAUAGACCAACAACCACACCACUUGAAAAUCAAAUCAAAAACAAAUUUAAUCAUAUCAACAUUUUCAGUUGGUUUAAGUCCACUCCUACCGGACAAACAUAUGGUUCAAUUUUAUUUAGCAGUGGGAGAAAACCAGAGGACCCGGAGAAAACCCACGAGGUUGUCCAAGCGACCCUACUCCUUGUCAAGUACAACCACGCAUGUUGACUCAAUGACAGACCUUAUGAUAGAAUGUGCAUGCACUAACCAUUCGGCCAUCCAACCCCACCACAGUUUGUCAGUGAAGGGGCAAGGAGAAUUAGGGACUAAUUGUAGCAAUAAUAAAAUUAGUGAAAUAACUGAGAUCUAGAUUUAGUAUAGGGCUCUUAUUAAUGUUUUGUAUGAUCUCACCUAGUAUAGAUUUCAUUAAGUGCAAUUUCAUUUCUCCGUCCUUUCUCAAAUGUGCCAAUUUUUCAAUUUAUUUAAUUUUUUAAAUUAGAUUUUUCACUUAAGUUUUUAACUCAUAUACACUGUUGGUCUUUCAUACUGAGAUUAAUGUACUCUUGUUUCAUAUAGCUUAUAUUAGACUUUUCAUUUCUUAUUUUAUAUACAUGUAUUAGAGUUUUAUUUCAUGUAAAUCUAUGUGAAAAUAUAUGUAUUAUUAUUACAAAAAUUGGUUCAUUUCUAUUCUUCA